AUGUCUGCUACACACACAUCCAUUCCGAAGGCCGGCGCUGGAGCAGAUCUCCGUAGAUUCAUGGAGAAAAGAAUCGAUGUGAAGUUGAAUGCUGACCGACACGUCGUGGGAGUUGUGCGCGGCUAUGACCAGUUCAUGAAUCUUGUUCUUGAUAAUGCGGUAGAACUGGUAUCAAGGACAGAGAAACGGGAGAUCGGCAUGGCGGUCAUACGCGGCAAUUCCAUCCUGAUGUGGGAGUGUCUUGACAGAGUUAAGAAUUGUUGA